AUCACAAUUCACAAGCAUUGUCAAAAGAACAACACUGACUUCACAACUGGUUUUCCCUCGCACGAAAACUGAAGAAAAUAGUAAGAAAUCAUUACUUCCCCGUCGCAAAUUCAUUGCUUCUCAAUCAAAUUUCUCCAAUUUGCACACGAUUUUGCGUCUGUCUCCGGCAAACUACUUUUCUCCUCCGAUUUGGAAUCUUUUAGUCAAAUUGAUUAAACCCUAUUUGUGAUUCAGAGAGAAGAAAACAAAAGUUAUGGAAUUAGAGAUUGUGUGGUUGGUUAGAGCCGCUUGGAUCACCGUUUGGAUCGUCUCGAUACUUCCUUUGGUGAUUGCUUCGAUACCCAGUUCAAAGCUUAACUCUUUUCGUGAACUCGUUUUGAGUUUCGCUGGGAGAGGCAAGAUUCUUCACCCGUCUUCUCAGAAGUUUACAAUUCCUCAGAAAUGCUUUGCUCACUUUUAUGUAAUUGGAGUGGUGUGGACGACUCUCCUUCUUGCUGCAACAUGGAUGUAUGCUUGCAAAAUGGCGCCUUUAUCUUCUGAGGAGUUCCAGUUAUCCGACAUUGCAAGCCGUUUAGCCGGAGGUUCCCAUGUUUUCUCCUUUUAUAAAUCUCAUAUGACUCCUGUUGAGCAUCGGUUAAAAGUGUGGCGAGCGCUGUUUCUUCUUCUUCUGAUGGAAAUCCAUGUCUUGAGACGGCUUAUAGAGUCAUUUUAUGUAUUCAAAUAUAGCCCUUCCGCUCGGAUGCACAUUCUCGGUUAUUUCGCAGGAUUGUUUUUCUAUGUAACAGCGCCUUUGUCACUCUGCUCCAAUAUCGCUCCAGAGGUAGCAAGAUUCGCCGGAAAUCAUGUGGCUGAGUUCAUUGCUAAUGGGAAAAGCCAUACUUCAGCACCUGAAUUUAAUUUGUUAUCAUCUAUAAGUCCUUUUAUGAAGCUUGGAUCACUCCAGUGGAUUGGUGGAGCCAUUUUUCUCUGGGGAUGGAUACAUCAACGCCGCUGUCAUGCCAUUCUUGGAUCGCUCCGGGAAAAUCCGAGUCAAGCGAAAGAGUACAUAAUUCCGUAUGGAGAUUGGUUUGGGAUGGUUUCUUGUCCGCAUUUCCUGGCGGAAAUCGUUUUGUAUGCGGGUUUACUGAUUGCGAGUGGAGGAACAGAUAUAACCAUCUGGUUACUCUUUGGUUUCGUGGCUGCUAAUCUGACAUACGCCGCUGGAGAAACGCACCGUUGGUAUCUCCGGAAGUUUGAGAACUAUCCGGCUAAUCGCCAUGCCAUUUUCCCUUAUGUCUACUAAAUGGUUAAGAGAAAGAACACUUUUUUUCAUGUUUCUGUAAAUGCUGGAUUCUGAAGAUCAAAGAUUUGUGGUGCCUUGUUGUGUUGUAAUUAGCCACGCUUCUUAAUUCUCAUCAUUAUAAAACUGUUGCUUUUUUCAUUUCAAGACAAAAACAAGAUUGUGAAUUUGGCA